GGCACAUUGUCUUCAUUAGGCUGCAUCGAAAAGUUGUACUUUUUACCCAGAGUGAAAAUUUCAACCGUCGCAUUUUCAUCUCGUGUCAAAACCAAUGUUGACGAAGGCAAGCCAUCGCCAAACUUUCCACGGCUACCUCCUUGCUGAUCGCUCCCGCGCUGCUUUUCAGCUCCGGAAAAGCCGAGAAGAAAACACUUUGGCGGAAGUUGCGUGGAGUAGUUAACCAUCAAUGUCUCUUAGAUCAUGAAGUACUUCGACGCUUCACUUCUUCCACCCACUCACAUAGUCGUCACUUACUUACUUAAUCAUAGUAAUAACCUGAGAAAGGGAAAGCUCAAAGAAUAUUCAGAGAAAAUGAACCUUAAAUCUUGUCAUGCUUCCAAUGGAUCAUCCUCCAGUUUCGGCCGUUGCGCUCUUGACCUACUUUAUGCUGAAAAUAGCCCACCCGAUGCUUGGUGCCGAGUCUGGAAUUUUCAACGUAGAAGUAUGAGGUAUGAGUUUUUCCGUGAAACUCCCAGGGCCAGGAGUAGUUGUCCCGAUCGUCUGUCGUUUCUGACACCGAUUCAUGGACUUUAAUAUCCGUCUCGGCGUCGUAACCGUGUGCGCGAACAAGGUGUUCAAUCUGAUCAUACCAAUUCUGGACAUACUCGUCGAUUGCCUGCGAGCGAGACCAGUGCUUCACGUAGUCACUCGUCAAAUUUGUGAUACGGCGUGUUUCUUUCACUUCGUCACAAGGAUCCUGCGUGCCACAUAAUGACGGUUGGAUGACGGCACUCAACUUUGGAAGCCGAGACCACGUUGUUUCGAAGCUUUCUUCAGUGUGGAUCUGGAAGGCAGAUACUUUAUCCAGUGGUGGGGGUGGCGUGUGCGCGUUUGUUGAUGGAGUGGACGGCUCCCCUCCUCCACAUGCUUCAUCGUGUAGCCGCAGUGUUGGCGACAUGUUCAUAUUUUUGAUUUGUACAGAUGACUAUCAGGUUGAAGGACUUGUUGUUCUACCUCGAGCAACAUGAGUCGGCUUUCGUUGUAAUAUGUUCUUACAAUACUACUUUUUCAAAGACAAUGACAAAGAACAUUAUCGAAAAUGAAAAGGACAAGAAAAAAGAUGACCCAACUCAAAAAAAAUCUAAUUCAAAGCUGUAUAUUAUGAGAAACUUUUUCACUCUUCAAUCUUCUCUGAUUGUUCUGUAGUUUUGUUUACUUCAUUGUCAUCCAUUUUUCCAAAUAACAAAUCACGGUUGGAGGACAAAACCCGGGCAGUCAUAUAGGAGCGAGAUUUUUAUCCGAGUGCACCUGCAUUCUUAUCCUUACCCGCCUUAGUUUUUU